AUAGCCCCUGUUUUAGCUUCUAUACUCGUUUUCCGCCUCGACUCCUUCGACCCUGCUCCUUUCCCUAACCAUGAGUUGACUCACCACUUGCCGGAGCCGUCGAUGAAAAAUGGUCGCCUCCUUCAAGGAUCAGAAUUUCUGGGCGUUGGGCUUUUGCAGGGACCAGAAGAUAUAGCGUAUGACAGCAAGUCGGGAGUCAUUUACACGACUUGCGCAGAUGGUUGGAUCAAGCGAGCCACGGUGAAUGACUCGGUUUCCGAUACGGUGGUGGAGAAUUGGGUCAAUACCGGCGGUAGACCCCUUGGAGUUGUCCUGGGCCGCAACAGUGAUGUUAUUGUGGCUGAUGCCUAUAAGGGGCUGCUGAAGAUAAGUGAAGAUGGUGAAGUGGAGGUGCUGACAGAUGAGGCAGAGGGUAUUAAAUUCAAAAUCACAGAUGGUGUAGAUAUAGCAGAUGAUGGAACUAUCUAUUUUACAGAUGCUUCCCACAAGUACAAUCUUCAUGAUUUCAUGUGGGACAUUUUAGAGGGUAAGCCUCAUGGUCGAUUAUUGAGCUAUGAUCCUGCAACUAAAGAGACCAAAAUUCUGGUUUCUGACCUCUAUUUUGCGAAUGGACUUGCAAUUUCUCCUGAUCAAGAAUCCCUAAUCUACUGUGAAACCGCCAUGAGAAGGUGUAAAAGAUAUUACAUAAGAGGCAAUAGAAGAGGGCAAACUGAAAAAUUUGUUGAUAUGCCUGGAAUACCUGAUAACAUCCAUUAUGAUGGAGAUGGCCAUUUUUGGAUUGCAUCAGCCACGGAAAUUACACUUUUCUGGAAGAUGGCAUUCAGGUAUCCAGUGAUCCGAAAGGCUGCAGGAAUUAUUUUGAAGCACAUAGGAGAACUAGAAACGAAUAAGAAUGGUGGUGUUUUUGUGGUGGAUUUGGAGGGGAAAUUAAUUUCUCAGUACCAUGAUCCAAGGUUAAUGCUGAUUACAAGUGGGGUGAAGAUUGGAACUCAUCUGUACUGUGGUUCUAUCAUCUAUCCCCAUAUUAUCCGUCUGAAUUUGGCUAAGUAUCCUGCCGUACAUGCCACCAAGUGAGCUACAAGUUCCACAACUCCUAAUCCACCUUUCAUUUAUAAAUCUUAAGUAAAUUUCAAAAAUCAAGUCAUGUUCUUAUUUAUGUUGUUCAUGUAUUUUGUUUGGAUUUUCAUGGCAUUUUGCUCAAUUUCUUAUUAAAUUUGAUUUCUUCCUCUCCUUGGAUAAAAAUUUAACUCUA